AACCUCAGGCCAAUAAUGGCUGCUUUCCUUUUAAGCAACACAAUCGACACAAGCAUCGUUCUAUCUUUUUUUAUGUUCAAUAAAUAUGGCCUAAAGCAAUUUUUAGAUGGCAUUAAAAAGCCAGUGAGAAAAUAUCUAAAAUCUAGAUUCAUUGACACGCUGCGUCUUCAUGUCAGGGCGGGUACAGGAGGUGCUGGAUUGAGUCGCUACGGUGGAUUUGGAGGUUCAGGGGGCAAUGUAUACCUAGUUGCAAAAGACGGAAUAACAUUGGAGAAUGUUAUCACGAAUUUGAAGAGCAAACGGAUCAAAGCGGAUCAGGGUCAUGACAGUACAGCAAGAGGAAUUAUAGGUGCACCUGGUGAAGACAAGGUUAUUUUAGUUCCACGUGGGGUUACAGUAUACAAUCAGAAUGGAAUUUUGUUAGGAGACUUAAAUGAAGAGAACUCGAAAAUAUUAAUAGCCAAAGGAGGUAUGGGUGGUUCUAAAGAUACAGGUUUCCUUGGAUUGAAGGGAGAAUCUCAAAUGAUACAAUUGGAUAUGAAACUGAUUGCUGACGUCGGAUUAGUUGGCUUUCCCAAUGCUGGCAAGAGCACAUUCUUAGCAGCAGUUUCAAAAGCUAGGCCUAAAAUUGCUGAUUAUCCUUUCACUACCAUAAGGCCCAGAUUAGGAAUCAUGAAAUACGACGAUUUAAGACAGAUUACCGUUGCAGAUUUACCAGGUCUGAUCGAGGGAGCUCAUAUGAAUAUUGGAAUGGGUCACAAGUUCUUAAAGCAUAUUGAAAGAACAAAGCUACUUAUGUUCAUCGUAGAUAUACAAGGAUUUCAAUUAUCGCCCAAGCAUGGGCAUAGAUCCUGCCUAGAAACUGUAGUUUUACUAAACAAGGAAAUUGAGCUCUACAAUCCAGACUUAUUAAAAAUGCCAGCUAUGAUUAUAGUUAAUAAAAUGGACACUGAUAAUGCUAAUAAUAUCCUUAAAGAAAUUAAGCCAGCACUGUACAACUUAAGAGACUACGUGUCCACAUGUUCAGAGGAUAUACGACCUGAACAAGUGAUACAUUUUGCUGAUGUUUUGUCGACGUCCUUAAUCUCGAAAGAUAAAAAAGAUAUAGAAGUGAUAAAAAAUAAGAUACGAAAAGUAUUAGAUAAAUACGAAGAGAGGAAAUAUCUUGUUGAACAUGGCAACUUGGACUUUCAAUUACAGAAGAGGAUAAAUCGACAAUUUGAAGAGCAUGCACCGACUGUUGUGUAAAUUUGUAAGGUACAAAAAUAAUAAAACAUUUUGUAAAAAAAA